UAUUGUUCUUUGGGGGGAGUGGUUUUCUUUAAGAAGCAAAAAUGAUUGAACUUCUGUCAUGCAAACAGAAUUUAAUCAUUUUUCAAUUUCAGAUUCCAAUUGCAGAUUUUGAUAUGAUCCUAAUAACUUAGAAAGUUGCUUUCAAUUCUCAAAAAUGUCCAAACAUAAAAAAGUAGAUUAUUUUAAUGGUUGAACAAACUGUCAUACAACUUCAGGAGCAAACAUCACCUGGAAAUCCUUAAAACAAAGAAAAAGAAAAGGAAAGGAAAUACAGUUCCUGAUAAUCUUUUUUUAAAAAGGAAGUUGUGAUUCCUUCGUCCAUAUCGUCUCCGCUCACAAGAAAGUUACACUUGCAAACAUAAGUUUCUGCAUGAGCGUGUUUGUUUGCCGUCUGUUUUUCAGCCGCUUACAUGCAUGUACACUGCAGUCACCAAAGAUGACAACGUGUUUCUGCUUGUCCUUUUUGCGCUCACAUAAAGAUGUGCUACUUUUAUUUGGGAGUUCAAAGUGUGACAAGUUGAAUUCCUCUGCUGUUUCCUCUCACUUCAUGUCUCAAUGGGAAGCCACCAAAGCAGCUGUGAAAAGUCUCCGUGGAAAGGAGUCAGGCGUUGGUUGCUCUGUGUCAUGCUCUCUCUGAUGGUGGGAGUUUUAGUUCUCUGCAGUUGGUUCUCACCAUCUUGGAGGCCUUUGCUGAUUCAGAGGGAGGGUUCGACACCAAACGUCAACAAGACGACAGUUAAAACUAUUUCACCUUCUCCAUACAUACCUUCACAGUUCUAUGUGGAAUACCCGUACCAAUACCAUUUCAUAGUGGAUGAACCAAACCGAUGCCAACAGGAGAGCCCCUUCCUGGUGGUCAUAAUCCAAGUGGCCCCACAAAGCAAGGAGGCCCGUGACAUCAUUCGCAGGACAUGGGGAAGAGAAAAUCGGGUGUUGGGCCAGUUGGUCAGCUACUACUUCCUCUUGGGAAAGUCUAGAUUAGGUAACGACGCAGAGCCACCUGCUGAACAGAUUUUAAAUGAAAGCAAGGAGCACCACGACAUCCUCCAGAGUAACUUUUUGGACAGCUACAAAAAUCUCACCAUAAAAACGAUGGUCAUGUUGGAGUGGCUCAGCUCCCACUGCCCCAACACCUCCUACGCUAUGAAGAUCGACUCGGACACCUUCCUCAACGUACGCAACCUUGUCGACAUGCUCCUGAAAGCCCCCCGCCACAACUACAUGACGGGCCUGGUGGCACGGGGCGCCGCGGUUCUUCGAGACCCAACUUCCAAAUGGUUUCUGUCGCCCACGGUCUUCCCUGAGGAUUCGUACCCUCCGUAUGCGCUGGGAGUUGGCUAUGUCUUGUCCCUGGAUCUUCCCAAGCGGAUACUGAAAGCGUCCAAAAAGGUUAAGGCUGUCUACAUUGAAGAUGUGUACAUGGGUUUGUGCAUGAGACACUUAGGGAUUCCUCUGACGGAUCCUCCACACGGCGGUUUGUUUGUCGUCAACAGGCUUUCAGAAAGCACGGGCUGCUACUUUGCCUCAGUCAUUGUCAUGUUACUGCAGAACUCUGAGCAGAUUUUGGAUGUAUGGAAAGCUUAUGAGACUCAACCAUACUGUUAGACUUUCAAUGUUUGGUGGCAUUUUCUCCCACGCUCCCUGCUGGGGAGGAACACGGUUAGAACACCAGCUGGUGUUUGUCUCACGCAGAGAAACCUGGUGAUUAUCUGCAAACCUCACGGUCGUCAUACUGAAACCGUUUACAGGAGAUGAAAUGCAGAAGAAGUUUCGAAACUGUGUGAAACAACUGUGCAGUUAUUUAAAGUCUUAAUUUAUUACUUUUUUCAAAGAUUUUAUAGGUGGACAUGUUUUAAAUACUGUUACUGUUCCAACAUAUCAAAGGAGAGUUCUUUCCAAGUGCACCUCUGUUUUUGAGUGUUUUCACAUUAUGCAGGGAAGCAGAGUAAAACGAGUGCAAGAAUAAGAUCAGUGUGUUUCUGCAAGCUGUGCAAUAAACUAAUUUUGGUUGUUUUUUAAGAGCGCUACAUUAUCUCCUUCAUGCAGUUAUUAAUGAGUAAACAGAGAUAUAGAAAAUAAAUUACUAAAGCCUGAACCGAAUGACAGCACUAACAGCA